AUGGUUAGGGAUGCCAUGCGUCCCGAAGUUGCUUUCAACCAUGGUUUUGAAAAUGAGUUGAGCUUUGUGGAAAAAGAUCCUAAUCCAAAUGUGUCUUCCUUUUACUCUUUGUUAAGCAAUGCAGAGGAACCUUUGUGUGUAGGUUGCACUAAGCACACAACACUUUCAACUGUGUCCCAACUUUUAAAUGUUAAGGCGGAGUACAAUUUGAGUGAAUCAUGUUUUGAUCUACUGUUGAAGAUAAUAAAGAAUAUGUUGCCAUCUGAUGAGAAUUUACCUAUCGACUUUUAUAGGAUGAAGAAGAAGGUAUGUGGACAUCCUCGGUAUAAACAAAGGAAUUCAAGUGUAAGAAGGCAGAAGAAAAUUCCUUACAAGAUUUUACGUUACUUGCCACUUAUACCGAGGCUUCAAAGGCUUUAUAUGUCAUGUAAAACUGCUGAACAUAUGACAUGUCAUGCGCAACACCACCGUGAUGAUGGACUCCUUAGACACCCUGUUGAUGGUGAGGCUUGGCAACACUUUAACUGUACACAUGAAUUCUUUGCAAUGGAACCUCGAAAUGUAAGACUCGGGUUAUGUGCUGACGGUUUCAACCCUUUUGGAUCGACGGCCAAGCCUUAUUCUAUUUGGCCAGUAAUGCUUUGUGUGUAUAAUUUACCCCCAUGGAUACGUAUGAAACAACGAUACAUAUUUCUUAACAUGGUUAUUCCGGGUAAAAAAAGUCCAAGUCAAAAUAUAGAUGUUUUCUUGAGGCCUUUGAUUAAAGAGUUGACUUUAUUAUGGAGACAAGGUGUUGUGACCUAUGAUGCAUAUAGGAAACAAAAUUUUCAUAUGAGGGCAGCAUUAUUGUGGACAAUUAAUGAUUUUUCUGCUUAUGAUGUUAUGCAUAUUGGACGUAAUUUUUUUGAGAAUAUACUCAACACAAUGAUCGAUGUUAAAGGAAGGACAAAGGACAACAUAAAGGCACGACAAGAUUUGAAGGUGUAUUGCAAGCGGCCAAAAUUGGAAUUGGUGGAAAAUAAUAGAAAACUGUACAAGCCCAAGGCUGUGUACACAUUAAAUAAGGAGGAAAUAAGAAAUGUCUGUGCUUGGGUUAAACAAUUGAGAUUACCAAAUGGUUUUGCAUCAAACAUUUCUCGGGAUUUGUGCGUAACUGAAAUAUGUAUUGAUCAUAUGGAAACGUUGCAAGGAAAAAUAUGUGAAACUAUAUGCAAACUAGAGAAGAUAUUUCCUCCGGGUUUCUUUGACUUGAUGGAGCAUUUGUCGAUUCAUUUACCUUACGAGGUCAAGGUUGGUGGACCCGUCCAGUAUCGAUGGAUGCAUCCAUUUGAGAGGUUUUUGCAACAGUUGAAGAAGAAAGUAAAAAAUCGUGCCUUUGUUGAAGGAUCUAUAUAUGAGGCUUAUGUUAUCGAGGAAGUUUCCUCAUUCUGCUCAUGUCAUGGAUAUUAUGAUAGGAUAUUUGAUGAAAUUGUGAAGGGAGAUGUUGUGGAAAUUUCGAAAGAGGAAUUGGAGAAAGUUGCAAAGCAUAAUGAGGAAAUAGACCAACAUAUAAUUGAAAUCUCUUAUGGUCCCAGACGUAUGAUAACAUGUUACAGUGGAUAUUUUGUAAAUGGUUUCAAGUUUCACACCUUAGAUUACGGCCAAAAUCGUAAGAUAAUGAAUAGUGGGGUUUGCAUAAAAGGGAGUUUUUACAAUGAUCAUGAGCGUGACUUUUAUGGCAUCUUAGUGGAUAUAAUCAAGUUAGAGUAUUUUGGUGUAGGGAAUAGAGUUGUUCUAUUCAAGUGUCAUUGGUUUGAUACUGAAAAAGGAAUAAAGGUAGAUCGACUGCAUGGUCUUGUUGAUGUCAAUUACAACUCAAUACUGGCAAGAGUAUACCAAGAAGAUGUGUCUAAUUCAAUUACUAGUACUCAAUCAGAGGAAGUUGAUUUAACAGAGUUAGUGAGUGGUGAUUAUGAAGAGGUUAAUCUAUCGAUUGAGGAUGAAGAAGAUGAUAUCGAUAAAGAUGAAGAUGAAGAAUACGACAUGGAAGGAGAAGAUAAUGAAAAUGAUGAUGAAGAUGAAGAUGAAUAUGACUAUGAAGAAGAAGAUGAAGAUAAAGAUGAAGAUGAAGAUCAUGUGGAGCACGACGAUUGUGAAACUUAUAAUGAUGAUAGUGAUAAUAAUGCAUAA